AUGAGAAUUGGGUUUGUAGUGUUCACUGCAGCUCAAUUGAUACAUCACGCCUGUGCGACAACGACGACAACACCUGACAAGAACGCCAACGCAACUGUGGAGAUUGUCGGGCAGCUACUAUCAUCUCCUCAAUUCAACGACUUCGACGCCACAAGAGAUCACAGCAACCAAGGGCCGGCUGCAGACAUGGCGCACGACGAUCAGCACCACCAACAUGAUCACCAUCACGGGCAUGGCCAUGGCGGCACACAUGCCAACCAGCAGUAUUUCGACGAGCAAGCCAGCGACUACGACAGGAAGCACCAGAAGACGCUCGACCAGAUCAUCAGAGAGAUCCGCUCGCGGCUCGACUUCCUGGGCGCCGACUGGGUCGGCGAGGACGAGGAGAACGAGGGCCCCGACGGCAAGCCCAAGAGGCAGGUCCGGCUGCUCGACUACGCCUGCGGGACGGGCGUCGUGAGCAGGAAGAACCAAAAAAAAAAAAAGGCUCUCGCGCCCUACACGACGCAGUGCAUCGGCCUCGACCUCUCGCAGGGCAUGGUCGACGCCUACAACCGCGCCGCCGCGAACCAGGGCAUCCCGCCCGAGGAGAUGCGCGCCUGCGCCGCCAACCUCCUGGAGGGCGACGACGACGGGCCGGCGUCCGUGUCGGGCCCCGAGUUCCGCGACUUUGACGUCGCGGCCGUGGGGCUCGGCUUCCACCACUUUGACGACCCGGAGCUGGCGGCGCGGCGGCUCGUGCGGCGCCUCCGGCCCGGCACGGGGGUCCUCUUCAUCAUCGACUUUGCGCCGCACGGCGCGUUCGAGAAGGGCCACCCGGCCACCGAGACGGUCAUGCACCACGGCUUCUCCGAGGCGCGGAUCCGCGAGGUGUUUGCGAGGGCCGGCGCCGGCAAGGGGUUCGGCAUCAGCGACAUGGGCGAGGUGGUGUUCUGGAAGGGCGAGGACGUCAUGCACAAGAGGAGACUGUUUGUUGCGAGGGGCCAGAGGGAGGAUUGA